UCUUCUUUGGCUAUAACGGCACGAUAACAGGCUGGAAGCACCUUUUUGGCCCACGACUAAUCUGGGUCCGUAAUUAAAAUCUGUUGGCCAUUCGGCCGAUAGUUGUUGUGCUAAUAAUGAAAGCAAACGGCAUGCGGCCCGCACAAUUAUCGUCAGAAACAAUGGGAGGUGGCCACCAGAGUAAUCGAAAUUGCAUACUGGACGGCGGUAUAGACAGUCGCCGGCAGGAAGAAGAUGGUGGUGGCAACGGUGGCAGCAGGCGGCCGGCGUAUCAGCAACAACAGCGGUAUCAGCGGCAGCAACAAGAGCAACAGAGACGGGUGCUCCAUACCGUCACGAAACCCAAACUAGUGACGCCGUUCACGCGCUUUCAAGUGCUAAGAAUUAUCAAAUUAGCUACCAUGGACAAACUACGUGGCGAAGCGAAUGAAGCAGACAACCGGACCGGUAGUAACACCCAGCAACCAGUAGGAAGUGACGUAGAUGGUGGAGGUGGUCCCGGUACGCGUGUGGAAGGAGACAGGGCGUCGGACGAGUUCCACCAUCAGUUUUAUAACACUGGUCGGAUAGGACGUCGUAACGCGCUGCCAGAUAUCCUGGGUACACACUGCACCACGACGACCGCCGACCUGUCGACGCAACUGGGAGCCCUCUCUACCUCAGAAUGUGCCGGUAAAUCGCCCGAAGGAAGUGGACUUAGUAGUAGCAUAGCACCACCGAAUGGCGGACAACCACCGACCACGACGGCUACGUAAGGUAGGCAACCAAAUUAGGACCGGCAUCCGACACCACCUGCAAAAAGUACCAUUCGAGUGUAGCUAGCAAACGGACCACAAUGCACGCCUCAUCGGUUCACCAUCGGACACUCUCGGUCACAGUUCCCGCUUAGGAGUUUCCACAAUUAUUUUUCACGGCUAAGAAAACUGAUCCAUAAUGGAACCUUGGUCGCGGCGUGCUGGGCAGCAGCAACAUAGCAUAAGCCGUUCAGGGUUUGCACUCUACUCUACCCGGCACUACGCGCUUUCGGGAUGUAUGCAUCAGUUGAAGAUUACUUUCAAGCAUUAUCAAAGGAGAAGCUAUCAAACGGUCACUAUCAAAAACUAUCAAAAGCCGCGAUCACAAGACGAUGUCUCGCUCACCACGACCCAGAAUCACCAGCCACUAACACUUAUCGAAGAUUCUCCUGUAUACUGUUCAAGCCAAAGAUAUUUUCGUAGAGAGUAUUUCCGUUCACGCUAGGUAGGAACAGCAUACCGCUUGCUCCCGUGGUAUACAUAUUCUUACCGCUCGGUGUGUAGUUAGACAGCUGAGAAUCUUACGGAAGUUAGGCCAGAAACAGAAUUGUGGGCUCAGAGGGGACUCACUGGGUGGCGCAAGUAGAUUCGGGUUUCGAUUAAGAAACGGGUUCACGCCGAAGGGGACGGGUGUGCGACUACGUACCGGCAUGAUGGUCCCAAUAAGAACAUGGUGUAAAUAAGGGUGCGAAGCGUCAUUCUUGCGUUCUCCGUACUCCGACGAGUCGAUUAUGUUGUCAACCAACAAUGCUUAUUAUGUUGUGAUGUGGUGAAUGCCACGAACAGACACAUGGUUGGGUGGAAUUGGUGAAACGCUGUCUUCACCCAAACGCACGAAACAGGCAGCGCAAUCCUGAGCGUGAUAAUGGAGCUUUUUUCUUAUUUAGUGGUACGUGAACUGACGCAGGUAAAUGUUAUCGUUAAUAGUACUAAACUGCACACAGAUGUUCCUUUACAAGUAUUCCCUGCGCCACGGAAAGCGUAGAUUUAUUUAUAUUUUAAUUCACAAACCUGCGAACACGCUCGAGCAUCGAGACUGCGAAUUUCUUCCACUCGGCAGCCGCCACUUCUUCGGAAUAAUGCACUUUCCACGGAAUCUAACAAAACUCCAACCUUAACCGGAAGUGACAUUAUUAGCGCUUUCGUGUAAAAGGCACAUUCGAGAGCAAAAAGUCAACCGAAUCAGUAUAUUUUCUUUCUAGCGGUAGUAGUGCCACAACGGCAUUGGCAAGAUGGAUUAUUUGCUUCAAAAUAAAAAAAGAGACUCAUUCUAAUAUGCCAAACUAAAAUACUGCUAGUGCACAGGAGUAAAUGUUUUUUUUCUGACAAACCAUCCUUUGGAUAUGAAACAUGGUUCCUUUAUUCUCAUUUUCUCGCUUUUGGCACUGCUGUUUAGCUUUUAAAAGCCUAUGGGCCAUGGCGCACAACAGAAUUUGAUAGCUAUACUUUAUUUAGAUUGUUUCUGACAUCAUAAUACAGGGAAAGAAACUGUAAGCUUCGUGAAAUAGUUUAGAAUAACGUUAGUGUAGCGGUAGGCAAGGCUUCUUGUAUUUAAAGUCUCGUACUGUCUCACAGGCUAUAAUCUUCAAAGGCCGGAGGAGGGUGGAUGAGUGAACGAAAAAAAAAGGAUAUUCACCUAGCUGGUAUCAAUGUUUAUGUUCCUAAGUUUCUAACAAUAAACAACGAAAUUGUCCGGUUUGCAUAGUGUGCGCUGUGACACUGAACGUGGGACGGUCCGCAGAAAAGAACGGAUUACUUGAAAAAGUAAGUCAUUGCUGUGACUUUCGGCUUUCACUCGGUUAUGGUAAAGCCGCGUGUAAGCUCUCUUUCACCCUCUCUCUAGCUAAUAUUUAAGAAUAAUAACUCAAAUACACAUUAUCGAGAGAGCAGCUUGUGUCAGCAAAGUGUAACAUUUUGUGAGCUUUAAUUUUUCCCCUUAAACAUUUAGGGUAGAGUGACUCUCUGCACAGAAAGUCUCUCUUUCGUACAUUGCUUGUUCAAUUAUGAAAGAGACCGAAGUUGAAUUACAAAGCCAGUCUAAGAGUAUUCUCUUGUGAUAGUUAGACCAACAGCGCGAAUAUCGAACGAAUAACAAAACGAAGCUUGCCUACUUCGUAGCGACAGCGUAUUCUGUACAAAAAUAUUCGCUCUCUGUAAUUCUGCGCCCAUCGUUCUUCGUCUUGUGAAGCUUUCAAUUUGAUUUGUGAUUUCCAGUGGUUUGGUGCAUCUCAUACUUGAUUAACCGAAAAAUAAAACGCUCUUCGGUCAACGCUUUUUUGAAUGUUGAUCGGUGUGUGAAGACAGAUAAAAUAACGUGCUUGCGAAGCUUAGAGGUGUUAACAACCAUUUUACGAAUGAGGCUUGGUCUUAAUAGACAAUUCGUGUCGAUGAAAGGCGAUUAGAGAGUGAGAUAAUAACAGCCAAGCCGAGGAGGAUACCAACUUUACUGUUAAAUAUGUGUCAAUUGUGCAAGAAAAAUCAAAUGCAAGAUAAGAAAAAUAUUUAAAUUUAUAAAACCGAUAAGGAUUAGAUGUAACGUUUGUUUGGAACCAAAUCUAUUGAGUGAAAACAAUGAUUAAAAGAAAAUAUAUAGAAUUAGACAACUAUUUCGGUAAAUGAUGUUCGAGUGAAAAGUAACAUGAUGCAAACCAACACAAAAGAAUUUGUAAUGAAUGAAACGUUACGAAGGAUGUACGAACGGAAGAAACCCAAACAGCAAAUUUGAACAAUAAUUUUAUUUUACACUUCACUGACACUAGUUGGUAACAUGAUUUUCCAAUGAAUUCGGCGAUUGCUUACUGGCCAAUGAAUAGUGAAAGGUACAUCGAGGAAAUCUUUUGUGUAGGCACAAAAGAAUUCGUACUCCGUUGACACCACACUAAACACACAAAAUUAUGACGGAUUGUGUACAUUUUAAGCAUCGUAUUUA